ACCCGUUACAAGAUGAAGGGAAUUUUCGUCCUAGUCCUUGUGUGGGGGACUUCCUUCUCACUUGGUAAGAAAAUCCUCCUUCUCCCGCUAGUGACCAGGAGCCACGUUCUACAGUUGAGUUCAGUCGGAGAUGGGCUUCUGAAGAAGGGCCACGAAGUCCACAUAGUGGUCCACUCAGGUCUGAAGGUCCCUAGUACUAUCCUAAAGUCGGGCAUGAAAAUCAUACGAUACAAAACUAGUGAAGAAGAAUUAAAACUGGACACUGUUGAGUUCCAAAAGGGCUUGGGUGAAGAAGGGACUUCCACAGAAUUGCAAAAUAUGUUCAAUAUCAUCCAGACAGAUAGUGAAAACAUGGUUGACAACCCCGACCUUAUUGAAAAGUUGAUAAAAGAGAAGUUCGACUUCGCAGUUGUGGAUGGCGCUGUUGGCAUUUGGACCUGCCUGUACACCAUUCCAUAUAGACUGGGAAUAGAACAUGCAUCCAUCAGUACACUUAUGCCGUUCAACACCUUGGCGAUGUCACUACAGGUUCCGUUUCUGAGUCCCUCACAGUUUGACACCACAUUUUCUAUGGCUUCCACCUUCUUGCAGCGUCUUAAAUCGUUCUUGUAUUUCAACACGCUAUCAGCGGUAUUGAAGUGUGAUGAGAGGAGACUGAAGGCUACUUGUGAAACCCCGUUUGAGUCGCUCCAUGAUUUGAUGAUGAAGACACACGUUUGGCUGAUCGACCAAGACUCCUUGGUGGACGUGCCAAAACACCUGGCCCCAAAUAUGAUUCUCGUUGGCGGCAUUGUAACAAGCCCACCGCUUCCAUUAGAAGAAGAGUUUAAAGUUUUUGCUGACAGCGCCACUGAGGGGUUGGUGGUCAUCACAUUCGGUGGAACCAUCGGCUUUCUUCCAGUGGAUUAUGUCAACAGGAUCGUUCAGGCCGUCGAGAAGGUCAAGUACAAGGUCGUAUUCAGGCAAUUGACAAAACCAACGGUAAAAGUGCCUGCAAAUUUAAAGAUUGUUGACUGGGUGCCUCAGAAUGACUUAUUGGCUCACCCGAACACCAAAGUCUUUGUCACUCAUUGCGGCAGCAACGGCCAGCACGAGGCAGUGUAUCACGGAGUCCCGAUGCUAGGGCUUCCGGUAAUCGGUGACCAAAUUUACAAUGCUGCAAGACUCACCGCCAAAGGCUAUGGAAGACAUCUAAUACUGGCAACUGUCAGCCCAGAGGAGCUAGCAGCCGCCAUUGAGGAUAUUGCAACCAAUCCAAAGUACCGCACCAACAUUCAGAAGGCUUCCAAGAUCUUUAAGUCCCGUCCAAUGGCACCUCGAGAGAGGGCAGCGUACUGGAUCGAACACGUUAUGGAACACGGCUCGGAUCAUCUUCAGGCUUACACGAAUCAGUUGGCCUGGUACCAGAUUCUCCUGCUGGAUGUUAUGGCUUUCAUACUCGUGGUCGUGUUGUUAGUUUGUUUCAUCGUUUAUAAAUGUGUGAGGUUUAUAUGCAAAAGAUGCUCUGGGACAUCACGAAAGGAAAAAUUAAACUAAAACUGCAUCACGAACAGGAUGAUAUGUAGGAGACGUCUCGCGAAACGCUGCCAGGGAUUCUUUCUUUUCUACCACGAUAAUUCUUGUAUUUAGGACUAGUUGUUGGCAUUGUUUCCAGAUACUA